AUGUCAAACAGAAGGACGCGACCGGGAACUCGCCUUCAAUACAUCAACACCUCCCCAAUUUCCAUUACGCACUGGAAUAUGUCCAUCCGGGACGGUCUGCGUGAGCGUUCCAUUCGGUACGCCGUUCGCGCGCUCCUCUACCCCGUGUACGGCGGAAGCCCGCGGAUAGUCUAUCUACCUUUGUCCCCCUCGUACGAUUUCGAGCCAGGCACACCGAUCUGGACAGAAGACAUCGAUGUGAGAAGAUGGUUCCCGUCCGGCUGGAAGGAAACCGUCUUGUCCAACAUCGCUGGAAUCGACCACUCGCUGCGCAACAACUUCUCAGUCUUCACCGCCCGCGACGUCCGCCACGCACUCCCAAACGAGUGCAUGCGCACUCUAGGGAGCCCGGACGUCAAGGGGAACGUGGUGGUCAUACGCAGAGGACGACGCCAGACGCUCCAGGUGACACACAUGCACCCAAGCGAGCGUUCACUUGUAGACAUUCUGGUCACCCGAUGGUUCGCAUCGGAAACCGAGGACGAGAACACUGAAGACGGGAUCGACCCAUCACCCGCCGAAACCGAGAGCGGCGACGGGGCGUAA